CCUUCUUGAGAAUUGCAAUCAAUAAUCAAACAGAUUCAAUAGAUCCGCCACCUUCAAUAAUGCAACCUCCACCUGUGGAUGAAGAACAACUACCAUCUCUGCUGUCAUCGAAAGUUGAUUCCCCUGAACAAUUAUUGAAAGCAAACCCUGAUGUUGUCCUUCCACAAGCCCUGGAAGAAGUUCUCGCUUUGAAAAAUCAGAGAGCCUUAGAACUUAGUACUGAUAUUGACGGAGGUAGUUAUGGACAAGCUCAUGAAGAAGCUGAGGAAGAACAACUUUGGGAGAAAGAUGAUAAUGUCGAAACAGUUGUAGACGUUGAACCAGAGGCGCCAAAACAACAAAAGAAAAAAGAGUUCAAAGAUAAAGUUAGUAAAAAUAAAAAGAAAAAGAAUAGAAAGAAAAAUAGAAAAAACAGAGAAAAUGACGGAAAAGAUAAAAAACAAAACGAACCCAAACCUGAAGAAAUGGAGGAAGAAGUGGAAGUUGUGUAUGUUCAAGAAACCAUUGAUCUACAUGAGUUGGCCCCAGAGUAUCAUCAAUUCUAUAGCAUAUUUGAGUCCUUCAAAUUCACAGAUCAAAAAGCAGAUAUUGCUCCACCUGUUUUAGCCACUCCAAUGGCUCUGUCUAGUAAAGAGAUUACUGUAGAAGAAGAUAUGGACGUUGAUGAAAAUGAUGAGAAGUUUGGGGGCGAAACCAAAUUAUCUAAACGAAAAAUGAAGAAAUUAACAAGGCUGAGUGUUGCUGAGUUGAAACAGUUGGUUAACAGACCAGAUGUAGUGGAAAUGCACGAUGUAGCUGCCAAAGAACCCGAACUGCUCAUACAAUUGAAAGCAUACCGAAAUACUGUCCCGGUUCCGAGGCAUUGGUGCUUCAAGCGCAAAUAUCUACAGGGAAAAAGGGGUAUUGAAAAACCCCCAUUCAACUUGCCAGAUUUCAUAAAGAAAACGGGUAUCAUGGGGGUGCGAGCUUCCUUGCAAGAUGAAGAUGAAUCAAAAACCUUGAAGACAAAAAUGAGGGAAAUAACAAGACCUACACUGGGGAAAUUUGAUAUAGAUUAUCAAAAAUUACAUGAUGCAUUUUUCAAGUGGCAAACAAAGCCCAAGAUGACAAUUCAUGGCGAUCUCUACUACGAAGGUAAGGAAUUUGAAACCAAACUAAAGAAAAAGAAACCUGGGAAUUUAUCGGAAGAGAUACGAACAGCUCUGGGUAUGCCUGUUGGUCCUAAUGCCAACAAAGUACCUCCUCCGUGGCUAAUUGCUAUGCAACGUUAUGGGCCCCCUCCUAAGUACCCCAAUCUGAAAAUACCAGGACUGAAUGUUCCAAUUCCUGAAGGCUGCGCUUUUGGAUAUCACGCAGGAGGUUGGGGUAAGCCACCCAUUGAUAAAAAUGGAAAACCAUUGUAUGGUGACGUUUUUGGAACUAGUGCUGUUAACAUUGAUGAUAUUGGAGAGGAUCCAAAUGUGGAUAGAACUUUGUGGGGGGAAAUUGAAUCAGUAUCUGAAGAGGAGAGUGAAGAGGAGGAGGAGGAAGAAGAAAAGGAAACCCCAAGCAUGCCUGAUAAAUCUGAAUUAGUGACGCCUGCAGAAGGCCUUGUAACUCCGACUCCGAGUCGCAUGGAGACACCUGAAACCAUUGAACUUAGAAAGAAGGAAACUAAAAAUGACAUGGAGAGAAGCGAAACUCCCGUGUUGUAUCACAUAAUUCCUGAAAAACGAAAUGAAAGAAUCGGUAAUGCUAUGAUGGCCAGCACUCAUGUAUAUGAUAUGAGACAGAUAACUGCAACUGUGGGAGCUCCCCAAAUAAUUCAAAGGCGAACAGAUGGUAAAGGAAUGGUAGAUUUGGCUCUUGAUCCAUCGGAGUUGGACAUGGAUAGCGACUCAAUGGCAGUGAGAUAUGAGCAGCAGAUGAGAGAGAAUCAGUCUCAGUUGCCGAAAGAGGAUCUAAGUGAUAUGUUGGCCGAGCAUGUUGCCAAACAGAAGAAUAAACGGAAGGGGCAACGACAGGACACCAAGCAGACAAAGAGAUAUAAAGAAUUUAAAUUUUAGGCUUCAUUUCUAGAAUAAUAUACGAGCUGAAAGUUUGUCAAUUUUUACAUUUUGUAUGUUGUAAAGUUUUUCAAUUUUUACAUGUUAUAUGUUGUAUUUAUUA